AAGCAGGUGGAAUAAAUUAGUCAAGAUAUAAUGUUGAAUAAGGGGAUGUGCUUGUUUUUUUCUCUCAUCAGGGAGCUUGAAAAGAAGAGGCUAUCAAGAUGCCUGAGACUGGCGGCGCAUCGGGUGCUCCUAAGAAAGGCCUGACGCUCGAUGACCUUAUCGCUGCUAUUGACAGGCAUGAAAGAAAUCCGAGCAAUAUCCCCAAGGUCGAUACCUUCCAUUUUUGUGGGGAGAGAGUCUCAGAAUGGCUGGAGCGGGUGGAACAAGCGCUGGUCGGGCGGUCGGAUGUUGUAAAAUUUCAGCGCAUUCUCCAGUACGUUCUCCACAGCUACCACCAAGAAGUGAAGAAAGUUAUAGAUGCAGCCCAAGGUAGCUGGGAAAGAUUCAAGGAGGGAAUGCAGAGGAAGUACCGCCUGGGAGAUGGACUGUUGACCACUGCGGACCUCGAGGCAAUGAACAAAGAGGAUUUUACGACAAUAGGGGCCUUUGUUCAAGAAUUUAAGAAGAGGGCGCGGAAGGUCCAUGGGAUUUCAGAGGAAGCACAGUGCGCCAUCUUCCUAGGGCUACUCACGGCGUCGGAAGCCGUCGAGUUGACGAGACAUGGAGGGGGUAGCACCAAGCUCACCUGGGCCACCGUUGACAGAGGGGUGAAAGUUGGGUGUUUGGACCAGGUGGGGCAACGUCAGUGGCCCUGGCUGGUGAUCAAUGCAAUUGUGCCAUGGGGAAGCCUGCCGCCAGUAGCCGGACCGCAAACAAGUAUGCCACCACCCAUCUACCCCGCAGCCCAGGCCCAACCUAUGGCCCCGCCGCCGUCACCUGCUCCCAGUUCACAGGGCAGUGUGGCAGGAGGUGGGAACCAGGGGCAGGGCAAUCAAGGCAACGGAGGGAGGGGUGGAGGAAGGGGUCGAGGCAGGAAUGGCGGCAGAAGAGGAAGGCAAUGGAAUGGUCAAGAUCAGGGGUACCAAGGCCAAGGGGGUCAAGGCCAGGGGUACCAAGGCCAAGGGAGCCAAGGCCAAGGGAAUCAAGGCCAGGGGUACCAAGGCCAGGGGUAUCAAGGCCAAGGGGAUCAGGGAAGUCGGGGGUAUGGAAGACCCCGUUUUGACUGGAGGACGGCCAUCUGUCAACAUUGUGACCAGCAAGGCCACACUAUAAAGUUCUGUAAUAUAAGGCGGGAAGACGAGAGAAGCGGACUGAUUUCCUCCACUAUGGAUGAGAAUAUCUACGAUCAGUUUGGGGAGGCCAUUGACAGAAGGCUUGGAGGAGUGAGGGCUGAAGCCCAACGAAGAGCGGCAGCUGGGCCGCCACCCCCUGCCAUGUUCAGGCUAUGGCAGGAGAAGGAAGGACCAUCGGUGGAGAUAGAGGAAUUCAGGUUAUGGCAGGAAAAGGGGGAACCACCGAUUGGGGUGGAGGAAGUGGGGAGCGAUGAGGAAGUGACUCAAGAGCUACGAGGAGGAAGUAAGAAGGAAGAACCCAUAAUCACUGAGUCAGAUGAUGAGAAUGAGGAGGAAAGGAUGGAGCCUCCGUCCGUCUUAUUUGGGACGAUGGAGGACCUGCUGGAUAAGAUGGGGAGGUACCAACAGAAGUUGGUGGGCCUCUGUGAGGAAGCGAAGAGAUGGAGGUCUAACAUCCCCAAGGUGUUCCUCUAUGACUCCGGCCCGGAGUCAGCGCCUGGGCGACCCGGAGUAAAUGUGGUGGGGUCGUGCCCACGAUCGGGAAUGAUGGGGAGACCCCUCACUCCGCAGGCCCGGCUGACACAGGCAGUGCGAACGAGGAAUCAAGCCAAGGCUAGUGCCAGCCAAGAGCCUCCGAGGAGGGAACCCGAACCAGGGAAAAGGAAAGAGGCCGUGGAAGUAGAGGAUGACGACAAUGAGGAGGAAGAGGACGAGAGGCUGCGCAGGGAGGAGGAUCAGAGAGCGGAGCAGCGGGCAAGGAAAAAGGGAACCAGGGGAGAGGCCGAACCGGUCGUACGUGACAGACAACCCAAAAAGAAGAAGUACGCGGUUCGAUUGGAAGAGGGAUUUGACGUAGAGAGAGUAAUUGACAGGCUGCUGGAAGGGCAUAAUGACCUCAUGACCCUGAAGGAAAUCCUAGCGUCAGCCCCGCGACUCUGCGAUGAACUGAAGGGGAGAUUGUCGCAGCGCCUGGUGCCCAAUGUCCAUCUGGGUACGAUCCUGCCCAAGGAGGCAGAGCGGGCGAAGUCAGGUACGAAGAUGAACUGGAAGUGCGAAGUCUGCGGCACGGUGGAUUUGGUGGUGAAGGGUUCCAAGUGCGCAACAAUGGUGGACACCGGGGCAGAGAUGAACAUUAUUCGGGAGGCGGACGCGAUCAGAUUCGGGCUGGAUAUAGACCGUUCUGACUGCGGUAUUCUGCAUGGAGCCAGCUAUAAGGCCGUGUUUUGCGGGACAGCCUCGAAUAUACUCAUUGAGGUUGGAAAGGUGAAGGCCAGGGCAUGCUUCUUCAUAAUGCCGGACGUGGACCAUGGAAUCCUCCUGGGGAGGUCAUUCCUAAGCAGGACGGAGACCGUGAUGUUCAACAAACAUGACGGGACUCUAAUCCUUCUCUUAUGCGAUCCUGCCUGUGAGAAUUACGAGAUAAUUACCUGCAGGAACACAGGGCCAAGGAGUAUAAGUAACCGGCGCAAUCCAAGAUCAUUUACGAUUGAAGAGUCGGAAGAUGCGGGGCCAACUGCCUUAGGAGGAGUUCUAAUCCAGGCAGACGUAGAGGGAAAGGAAAGACCUUUGAGAUUUGAGAGUCGGACUCUCUGUACGACCGAGAGGAACUACGCUCAGUUCAAGAGGGAGACCCUUGUCGUCCUCCACUGCCUGCGAACCUUCCGGAACUACAUCUUCGGCAGGAGGUUUAUUUUGAGAGUGGAUCCAACCGCCCUGGCCUACUCUCUAAGGAAUUAUGUUCCAUCGGAUCCGACGGUUGCCAAAUGGCUGACGUACAUCUGGAUGUUCAAUUUCGAAUUGGAACGGAUCCCUGGUAGUAACAACCAGGCGGACGGGCUGAGUCGGAUCAACUGGGAUAAACAGGAAGGGGAGACGGUGGAAAAUACGCCCCCAGUUGAUGGAUUUAUGGAUCAAGAAGAAGAUGUUCGUCUUCACAUCAACAAGUGGUCGCCGCGAGUGCCCAACUGUGUAGGCUAUCCUAUCUGGCAAGCGCCAAGUGGGUAUGAACGGAGGGAUGAGCUAGUCCUUAAGCCCUUUGAGGAAGAGGAUCCCUGGGGUGGUAAGGAUGUUCAGUGGAUGAUGGAGUUAACGCUGACCAGCUUACAUAGCCUGGUGGAGGACGUGAGGUCGAUUGAGGAAGGAUCUGGCCAGGUAGAACGGCAUGAGGACCUGAUGGGAGGAAUGUAUCUCCUCGUCAAUACGUUAUUGCAGGAAGGCCUCGACCAUUCAGGCUCGUUGAACCCGGCAGGGAAUGUGGUCGAAGUGCCCGAGAGCCAGAACGACGUGUUCGAGGAGGGGGAGUUUAAGGAGACUUUUCGUGCAGAGGAGUACGAUGGGAUCUACCUAGAACUGGGGCUUCUUCUGUCAUGAGGGCAUCGAGGGGUACAAGCCACGUAUGCCAAGAUAAGUGAGUUGUACUACUGGGAUGGGAUGAUGGACGUGGUCGGGAAGUUCUACCGAUCUUGCGUACCCUGCCAGGAGAGAUCCCGUUUAAGGCAAGGAGAGCCGUUGCAUCCAAGGCUAGAGCGAGAGGUGGGGGCUGUAGUGCAUCUCGAUCUACUUUUUAUGCCGCUUGGGGAUCAAGGCUAUAACUAUAUCUUCGAUGCGCGCGAUAACCUGUCUGGCUUUGUAGACAGACGUGCUAUUCGCACCAAGACCGAAUUAGUCUUAGUGAGCUGCAUCGAGGAAUACUACCUGCGUUAUCCUUUCAUCAGGGAAUUCGUAAUGGACAGGGGAUCAGAGUUUAUCUGUCAGGAGGUGCAAGAACUGUUAUCAAGGUCUGACUUUACGAAGACAGCCAUGCCAAGAGGAGGGAAGGGGACAUGGCCGCCUCGGAGGCCGUUGGGGGCAUCAGGAGGAUAUGAGCGGCAUGGGCCUCGCCAUCGAGAGAGUACCCCGGUGUACAAUGAUGGGGACAUCGAGCUAUUCCUGGAUAGUUUCUGGGAGCAUGCGAGGCGUAUGGGCUGGACCGUGACCCUGGCAAUCGAGAGACUGAGGGGGACAGGCAGGUUUGAGGAACCCAUUGUCAGGAUUCGUAGGGAGGCGACGACGAGGCAAGAGGUGGAGAUGAGGAUGGAGGAGUUGCGACCCUCGCCUGUGGGACCAGAUGGCAGGCCAAUCCGUCUAGAGAUCGAAAAUGUCGCAGACUUUAUCCCUGCUUUCGAGUGGUUGAUGCAGAGGCAGGGUAUACCGAGAGAUGAGUGGGCGAGGACGUUACCCCUCUGGACCAGAAAGGCGGAGAGGGCACCGGCUAUGCAGGUCAGGGACAUGGCCCAGAGCUGGGAGAGUUGCAGGGCGCAUCUGAGAGAGGCCUUUCGACGACCAGAGCCCCCUCAGCCCAGAGUCGAGAGGCGUCAGAGGAGUCAAAGGCAGAGGAACCCUGAGCCUAGGGAGGCGAGACCGUCUCGAGGAGGACGGAAGACCCUAGUCAGGAGAGAGGAGGAACCGGAAGCGGAGCCAGACGCUCAGGAGCGAGGGGCAUACCCUGAGUGUGGGUUGGGACCAGUGGAGUUCCAUCGGUUUACCGAGGGUGGAUUGAGGAGGUCGCCAACACGCGCACAGGAGGAGCCACCAACAUCUGAGGGGCCCUUGAGGGAAUUGGAGACGCAUUUGGAUAUCUCUCAGUGGAGGGCGUCGCCUCGGGGUGAGGAGCAUGGAGAGCAGGCGGAGGAGGUACCACGGGAGGAGGUACCACGUGAGGAGGUGCCACGAGAGGAGGUGCCACGGGAGGAGGUCUUGGAUACUCAGCGAGAGAGAGAGCAGGGCGAUGAGGGGAGGCGUGCAGGGAAGGAAGUGAUAGAGGUUGGAGAGAACACGCCCCCACAGACGCCAGCGGUGGGUUUGAGACUCGGGGAUGCACCAAGGAGGGAAGGAAGUGAUAGAGGUUGGAAAGGACACACCCCCACAGAUGCCAGCGGUGGGUUUGAGAUUCGGGGAUGCACCAAGGAGCACUCGCCAGGCAGGGGAGAGAUUGCAGAGAGAGGAGACCCCAUUGCCUUCAUCAGAAAAGGCCCAUUCGCCAGAAGGGAGAGCAGAAAAGAGGAGAUUGAGGAGCAGCCCAUGGCAGUGCCAGGAGAGACACUCGAGAGGAGACCUCAGAGGUUGGACACGUCUGAGCACGUCCCAACGACAUGGGAUUUAAGGAGCAGACUGAGAUCUUGGGCCACUGGAUCUGGGUCUGGGGGACCAGCUCCUGGGAUAGAGCAGCAGGAGGUCGUUAGUACCGCAACUCCUCGAUCAGAGCAGCAGGGGGUUGUCAGUACUUUGGAAGGAUCUCCCUCAUCGCCACCUCCUCAGCCCAAGAAGAAGAAGUUCAAGAGGAAGGUUGAUCAACUAUGCUUCUAUUGCAAGAGGGGCGUGCAUCUGGCUUUUGACUGUCUCGAGUUCCUUGAGGAUAAGGCAGAAGGGAAGGUCUCAGAGGCAGGAGGUAAGAUGUAUGAUAGGCAGGGUAGGAUAGUAGAGAAGUCCGCAGAUGGACUUAGGGCUCAGUUAUAUAGGCAAAACCAGGAGGAGUUGAGGAGGUAGGGCCGGUUUGUCUAUGUAAGUGGGCGGGUAUCUUGUGA